UAUCAAAAUUAAAAUUUUAAAAGUAAAAACAGUUAAAGGGGUUGGAAGUUACAGAGCAACGACGUGGAACGAAAUAAUCAAUAUUUGUAAGGACGACAAAACUGUGAAGGCUUUAUACGUGUAAAGUGCGCUAAGGGUGACGGUCGACAAUCGGUUCUGACGAUGCAUCAACGAUUUACGUCGUUCGAAAUGUUUACCACAAAAAUAUAAAUUGUGCACAGUUGAUGAGGUGAAUUAAGUGUUUCGGUGGCAUAAUGAAUCGUUAUAUUACCUUACAUCAAUUGGGUGAUGGUACGUAUGGAUCCGUGGUGCUCGGCCAAAGGAAGGACACCGGCGAGAAAGUGGCGAUUAAAAGAAUGAAGAGAAAGUACUACUCAUGGGAAGAAGCGAUGAAUUUAAGGGAGAUUAAGUCAUUGAAGAAGUUACACCAUACGAAUGUAGUGAAGUUGAAGGAAGUAAUACGAGAAAAUGACGUACUGUAUUUCGUCUUUGAGUACAUGCAGGAGAACCUAUACCAGCUCAUUAAAGACCGAAGAGUGCCUUUUCCAGAAACAACAGUUAGGAAUAUUUUGUACCAGAUAUUGCAAGGAUUGGCGUUUAUUCACAGACACGGCUUUUUCCAUAGAGACCUAAAACCGGAAAACCUACUGUGUUCCGGUCCCGAACUAGUCAAAAUUGCCGAUUUCGGUUUGGUGCGAGAAAUAAGGUCUCGUCCGCCGUACACCGACUACGUCUCGACGAGAUGGUACCGAGCGCCAGAGGUCCUUCUACAUUCAACGAUAUACGGAACACCGAUCGACCUUUGGGCGGUAGGGUGUAUCGCCAGCGAGAUCUACACGUUUAGACCUUUAUUUCCCGGUACAACCGAAACGGACCAACUUUACAAGAUUUGCGUAAUAUUAGGAACGCCCGAAAAGAAACACUGGCCGGAGGGAUACCAGCUCGCCGGAGCGGUCGGUUUCAAGUUUCCACAUUUCCAAAGCACGCCCAUCGUAUCCGUCGUUCCACAAGCAAGCGAAGUCGGCGUCAAUCUAAUCGAAAUAUUACUCGAUUGGAACCCUGCGAGACGCCCUUCCGCUCAAGCCGCUCUCAAACAUUCCUAUUUUCAAGUGGGGCAACGUUACGGUGGCGGUAUGCAGGGAUUAUCGGCGCGAAAAUCGCUCCCGUUUUCAGAACCGCUGCCAAACGACGAUCCGGUCACGGAAAACCUAUCCGACAGACCGAAGGAUGUUCCGUUGAAGUCGCCGCAAUUAAACAAACAAACUAGCCAAAUGCAGCCGAACGUGCCACCAAUAAUCAAGCCUUUGCAGCCGUCGACUAGGAAUCAACCGGUGCAGGCGGUAGCUCCGAUUGUAUAUAGCUUUAGGCAACCUGAUCUUAUUUCUAAUACCAAAUCGAUCCAGACGAAGAACUGGGAAGAUACGGACGAUGACUUUGGAGAUAUCUUGGGUAGUAAGAUCAAAACGCCCGAUAAAUCUAAGGAGAAUAUCAUAUCGCGCAAUAACAAGAUUAAUCUACAAGACGUCUUGCAAGCAACUAAUAAAGGUAGCGAUAUUACCGCUAAAUCUCAAUAUUUAAGUGUGUCUCGAUACAUAGUGGGACGAUCUUCGGGUAUACGCAGGGACUCCAAUUUUAGCGUUUUAGGCAACACGCAUCGCAGCGAUUACGAUUAUUCCAAGCAUUCGGGUAAAUCGUCAUUUUCGCCCGUUUGGAAUAAUGCGAAUCUUUUAGAAGUUCCGUCCACUAAGAAACUCGGAAGUUUUUUUAGCGGCAACUCAAAGGGCAGAACUGAUUGGGCCGCCAAAUACCUCAAGUAGUAAUAAUAUGUCAAAGAAUUGUCUUUAAAUGAACUGUGAUA